AUGGCAGCGCCCCCCCGGAUGCAGAAUGGCCCUCCGAGCGAGGACUUGUUUGUGACGGGGCUUCCCUUGGAAUGCACCAGCGUCCAGGCCAAGCAGAUAUUUCAGCAGUAUGGCAGCGUCAAGCAGGCGAACGUUCUGCCGGUGGCCUCCGGCAAGACAGCCGCGGCAGCCUUCAUUAUCAUGGAGUCGGUGGAGGAUGCGAGGUGGGUCAUUGACCACGUCAACGGCAACGUCCCGCAGGGCUUGUCGAGCCCAGUCACCGUGGUCUUUGCAACUCCGCGGGCGCAGCGCCCCAACGGCGGCAAGGGGAAGGGUGCCAUGAAAGGCAUGCCGCCAGAGAUGAUGCAGAUGAUGACGAUGAUGAUGUCCGCCAUGGGCAAAGGUGGCGGUGGCGGUGGAGGGGACUGGGGCAAGGGUGGAGGUGACUGGGGCGCUGGUGGAGGCGACUGGGGCGCGGGUGGAGGCGACUGGGGCAAAGGUGGCGGGGACUGGGGUGGAGGUGCCUGCUACGGCAUGGCAGACAUGAAGGGCGGCAAGGGUUUCGGGGGCAAGUGGUGA